AUGUCAUUAUUACUGUCUUCUGUUCUAAACAUUAUCGAGUCUUCCGAAAAGGAAUACGCCGUUGAAGGUCGUCCGAUAUCACCAAAACCGUCGACAUCGGGCGCGUCUGCUACAACUCCACGUGGAGAUAAGAACGCAUUCAAGAAAUUCAAAGCCGUCCAAAAACAGCACGGAAGUCUCACAUACAUUUGUGAGAUGGGAGACGGAUCGGAGAAAAGAUUCUCGAGAGCUGAGGCGUAUUCCAGAUGGUCGAACCAGGUCCUUGAAUUCCUCAAGGGGAUUGUUAGCCGUAUGCUCAAGGAAGGCGAGUCAUUUCCUAAGGAUCCACUUCAUUAA